AUGUUGACGAUGGAAAGACCGGGCUGCAGCUCAGAUUCCGGUAAUCUACGGCAGCAGCCCAGUCGUCUACAGAAACGACCUCCGGCGUUAAAUAUAACUCCGGCGGCGGAGAAUAGCUGGAAAGCUCCCAUACCUCUCCUCUCGCCGCUAGCUCUUUCCCCAGAAUCACCGGUCGACCAACCGCCGGUUGAGAAUCAGACGAAAGCUGCUGCGGUUGAGAAAACGCCGGUUUUCAAGACGUGGCAACAUCCGGCGGCGCCGUUUUGUUACGAGCCAUCAUCGACGUUUGUUCCACCGUUCGUACCGGUUUAG